AUGGAGAAGAUAGUGAAUUCAGUCUAAUCCCUUAUGUAAAUCAUUAUUUAGGGUUAAUCUGUUAGAUUGACAGGUUAAUUUAUUUUAUUAUUUUUCUUAGCUCAAAAUGGAGCCAAUAAUGAAUCAUCAAGAUCUCAUGCUAUUUUAUAAAUCAAUUUAAGAGCAGGCAAAAAUGCUUUUGGGGGCAAGUUGUCAUUCAUUGAUUUAGCAGGAAGUGAAAGAGGAGCUGAUGUUUAAGAUUUAAAUAAAAAAACUAGAAUAGAUGGUGCUGAAAUCAUAAGAGCAUUGGAUUUAAAUAAGAAUCACACUCUCUUUAGAGGAUCAAAACUUACAUUAGUAAUUCUAAUUUAAAUAUUCUUAGGUUUUAAAAAAUAGUUUAACAGGUAAUUGUAAAAUAGUAAUGAUCGGAAACAUUUCUCAUAGUUCAUCAAGUAGUGAGCGUACUUUGAAUAUAUUGAGAUAUGCUGAUAGAGUUAAGGAACUUAAGAUAAAUAAUGUUAGGGUGAUUAUAUUCAAAGGAAAUUAAUGUUAGCUAGACAAAAUAGUAAUAAUUUUUCUUAUUUAAAAAAUAGCAAAUGUUGUUAGGAAAGCAUAUAAGAAUCCAAAUGAUGAAGAUGAUGAAGAUAUAUCAUUUAAUUCAAUGAUUAAUUCAUUGUUUCCAUAAUAAUAACAGUAAUUUAUGUUUUAAUAAUAACAAUAAUAAUCAAUAUAUUAGUAAUAAUAAAAGAUUAUGAUGUAAUAAUAAUAUUAAUCAAAUUAAUAUAUCUAUUAAUAAUAAUUACAAUAACAAUAAUAAUUUAUUCCUUAAUAAUAAUAAUGGAAUCUACCUAAAUUAUCUUAAAUACCUAAAAAUUCUAAUUAUAAUCUUCUUAAUAGAUUUAAUUUAAGCUCAUUACCUACGAUUAAUGGAGGUGGAGGUAGUUCUUCUAAUAUAAUGCCCAAUAAUUCCAAAUAAUAUACAUAAUAAACAUUCUUAUAAUUAUAAUCUUCAUGUAAUUCAAUAAUGACAGAAGUUCCUUAAUAAUUACCUUAAUUAUUUCAGCAAUAGCCAUUUUAAUAGAAUAAAACACCCUUGUUUCCAUAAUAAUAACAGCAAUAAUUUUGUUAGAAUAAUAAUAAUUAUCUUUUCUAAGAAAAUGCAUAUGAUUAAGGAUAUUAAAAAUAGUAAUCAAAUUAAUAAGAAUUAGAUGUUAGACAGGAUUCUAUGGUUGA